CGGUCGGAGCCGGAAGAGGUGGUUACUAAGGCGACGCAGGACGCCCUGCCAGCUUUUCACGCAAGCUACCAGUGCCACCUUUGGUGAUGUCAUGCUCCAAAGGAAGCUGGACUCAGAAGAAGAGGCUGCCUGUUUCUACACGACAAGGACCACCAGAAGUGCUGUUCCCCAAAGAGAAGGACUGGCCUAAAGAUGAUGAUGAGGAAGACUAUGUCCUCCAGGAUCCAGAUCAGGGCCUGGAUUCCCUGCCUCAGCCUUAUCGAAUGAUCAACAAGCUGGUGAACCUUCUGUUUGAUCGGUCAUGGGAACUUAUUGAAGAAAGGGUUGCACUGAGGGAAGCCGACAGCGCCCGGACCCAGCCCACUGUCUACACUCCGCUCACAGGAAUCCAGAUCAACGAAAGACCCAAUUGUAUGGCUAUGUCACAAGACUAUGUAUUUAUUGGAGGAGCCAAAGGAUUCUCAAUCUAUAACCUGUACAAUGCUGAAAGAAUAUAUGUUUGGGAGAAACUUAAGGUUGAUGUCACUUCCAUCUGGGUCACAGAUUUAGGGAGUGAAAUACUUAUUGCUUCUGUGGAUGAACUGGGUAUCAUCAGACUGUUCUACUUGUAUAAGGAUGGUCUGUUCCUAGUCAAAGCCAUCAACGAAGUGGAUGACACCAGCAAGCAGCCCACCUGUGUGAAGAUGGAGAUCUCCCAAGGCGGGGACUUCGCAGCCUUCCUGCUGCAAGGAGCUGGAGUCGUGUGGCUGGAUGUGUAUAAAUUGCCCAGGGAGGCAUGGCUGAAGGAGGUGGAGCCCCUACCACUCGCUCUGAACCCAAAGAAAAAAGUCAGACAGCUGAACACUCUUGAUCCUACUACUCCAGACAAUGUAGACAUGGAUGUGAAUUUUUGUUUUAAAAGUGACAUUAAAUUGAGCCUUCCAGUUCACAUAAUGAAGAUCAAACCACCUAAACCAAUCACUGGCACCACAUUUAAAAGCCCCCUGGAAGUCUUUGCAAAGGUAGAAGAUUGCUCCGGACUGGGCUCUGGGCAGAACCACUUCAUCAGGGACAGCCAGUGGGAGCAGCACACAGAGCUCUUCCAUGCCUCCUACAAGAAGCACCUGGACGGGGAGUGGGGUGAGGAGCCGCUCAGCACCACCACAUUCCACUUCCUCCUUCCAAGUUGCAUCACCACGACACCAGCAGAAGCCAGGAGCCCCUCAGGGGUGGCCUUCGUCCUGGGCAUACACUGGACUGGAAGCCACAACUUCUUCCUCUAUUUGCUGAACCGAACUCUGAAGGACAAAGCCGACCCCGAGGGCGUGUGGCCCUGUGCUGCACCCAUUGCAGCCUCGCGGCUCAGCUGCUCCUCUUCCUACCUCGUGCUGGCAUGUGAGGACGGGGCACUUACGCUAUGGGACGUGGCCGAAGGGUUCCCCCUAGGGGUCAUCGCCCUUCCUCAAGGGUGUUUCUGCCAAAGCAUUCACUUCCUAAAGUACUUCUUGGUCCACAAAGGACGGAACCUGUAUCCGGAGGGUCCAGUGAAAUCCCAAGUGAAAUGUGUGGUGCUGUGCACCAAUGCUUCCCUCCACCUGGUGACAGCCAGUGGCACACAGGGACCCACCAGCAGGGUGCUCGUGACCAGACCUGUGAAGCACCUGGAUGAAGCCAUCUGUACAGUGGCCCCCGUCUCCACCUUGCCUGGCAUGGUGCUGAUCUUUGCCAGGAACGGCUCUGUGAACCUCAUGGACGUGGCCAAGGCUGAAGCCAUCUGUGCCUUCGCUCCCCCCAGAGCCCCCCACCUGGCGGUCCCCUGGAAGCCGCUGUUUGUUGUAUCUUUACACCACCCUUGCUUCCUGCUCUAUGGCGACCCUCCAGGUGAAGAGCCCACCAGUGAUGCCAAGGACACCCGGAAUUCUGUUUUCUGUUUUAAUUUUGAGGCCUACCCACUUCUGGAAAAUGUUUCCCAAAAUCAUACCAUUCCCCAAGAGGACUCAACAGAGAACAUGGUGUUGCCACUGGAGAAAAGAUGCGAACUUAUGCUCCGGAAGAGGCCUUGAGCAAGCUAAGCAAGCGCUCUGCCACCGAGCUGCACCCCCCGCCCUCCGAGCUGCUACAGUUAUGCCCUUCCUACGUGGUGCCAGGCUGCCGGGAGGAAGCUGGCUCGUUCCUCGGGAGAGAAGUCUGUCUCCUGAGUCCUGGGGGGCGGCAGAGAGAAGUCGGAGAAGGAGACCGCCCCCUAGUAAAGAUUUUCGGACAAGCCUGGGCUAUUCUUCACGUGGGGGCUUUCUAUUCUAGCCCUUGAUGACUUCCUCUUAGACACAGCUGAAGAAUUUAGGAGAAAGUAUCAUAAUGUCUACAACUUCUUUCUUUCUUUUUUUAAUUAGGACAACCUUUUGUUCCCAAAUUUACAACUUCUUUUCAAGUGGCCUGGGAAAAUAUUUAUAGACACAGUUAAAAUUUAACAGAUGGUGAAAUCUAGGAAAAUAUUUAUGGGGAGAGAGAUAAAACAUUAACAACUGGUGAAUCUAGGUGAAGGUUCAUUUCUGUAGGUUUGAAAAUUUUCAAAAUAAUGCCAGGUGUGGUGGCCCACACCUGUAAUCCCAGCACUCAAGAGGCUGAGGCAGGAGAAUUG